CAGAAUUUUUUCAAAAGCAUUAAUGGAGAACAAUACUUCGGAAAUAUCUUUUCUCGGCCGUAACAUGCAGGAUAGGGAAGACAGAACAGUGGAAACUAUUGGUAAAUUAGAAGCUGGUAGUAGUGGUUCCACCGAGAUCAACAAGCUGGAAGUUCAUGGGAAGCAUAUUGAUCGAGAAGAGGAAAACAGUACGUCGAUGCCUUCUUCUCCUAGUCGAAAAAAUCUAAACAGUGUCAAACAGGUGCCUUGUGCAAUGGAGAAAAAUACCAAAGACUUGCUUUCCAAUUCCACAAGAAAGAAUCAGGAGGAGCAGCUAAAAUUAGCUGAAGCUGAAAUGGAAGAGGUUAAAGGAGAAAACGAAAGGUUAAAGCUGUUAUUGGCACGAAUUGCAAAGGACUACCAAACCCUACAGAUGCAUUUCUUUGACAUUCUUCAACAAGAAAAAACCAAAUAUACCGAUACAGCUUCUAGCAAUCAACCAAAAGAGGAACCUGAAGUACUUGUUUCCCUCAGCCUUGGGAUAACGUCAACUGAUCAGAAGGUCGGAAAGGAUGACAAAAAGAAUAGUAACUUGAGUAAUGGCCGACUAGAGAACGAGAAACUCAGUGGAGAACUUUCACUAGGGUUGGACUGCAUAUCUGAGCCCAGCUCAACCGAGAAUAUGAGGAACGCAAGCUCCAAGAAUAGCAUUGAUCAGGAACUGAAGGAAGAGCAGCCCACUGAAAUUUGGCCACCGAAUAAAAUUUUAAAGACUGUAAGAAGUGGAGACGAUGAAGUUUUAGAACAAGGCCCGUUGAAGAAAGCUAGGGUUUCUGUCAGAGCAAGAUGCGACACCCCAACGAUGAACGAUGGCUGUCAAUGGAGAAAAUACGGACAGAAGAUAGCUAAAGGAAAUCCAUGCCCUCGGGGAUACUACCGUUGCACAGUCUCACCAUCUUGUCCUGUGAGAAAACAGGUGCAAAGAUGUGCUGAUGACAUGUCCAUCUUGAUCACUACCUAUGAAGGAACACACGAUCACCCGCUUCCAGUUUCAGCCGCAGCCAUGGCUUCCACCACUUCUGCUGCUGUUUCUAUGCUUCAAUCCCGCUCAUCGAGCUCAACAGGCAUCGGGAUCUCAGCUUCUGUCCCCAUCUCCUCCUCCAUGGCUACUAACCUCCAUGGAUUCAACUUCAGUACACUCUCCCAAACUUCAAGACCACCGCAAUUCUAUAUUCCAAACUCAUCAAUCUCAACUUCAAAUUCACACCCAACAGUAACUCUUGACCUCACCAGUACUGCACCAUCCACCUCCUCUCCUCUUGGAAGGUUUUCUUCUAGUUUCUCAUCUACAGUACCAAGAUAUUCCUCAACGUGUCUAAACUUUUCCUCAUCAUCUUCCGCUUGUUUAGAGCCUAACGCCCUACAACCAUUUUGGCAUGGUUAUACUGGCUACAACAAUUAUGGAACUUCGGCUUACAAUCAAAACCAUAUCGGGUAUUUGAACAGUACUGGAAAGCAACCUGCAUUGCAAGAACAUCUGUUCCAAACUUACAUGAACAUGAAUCAGAAUGCUUCUCAGCAGCCUUUCAAAGAAACCAUAGAAGCAGCAACCAAGGCAAUCACAUCAAACCCGAAUUUUCAAUCAGUUCUAGCUGCAGCACUCACAUCAUAUACUGGAGACGGUGGCGGGAAUUCCCGAGAUCAAAAUCAGGGUGUAGGAAAUAGCUCAUGCCAGAAGAUGAAGUGGGAUGAGUCUCUUAGGGCGAAUCCUAUGAUCUACCAGUCUAGCCAGAAUGGCAUAGGGUGUGGGUCAAGCUACUUGAACAUCAAAUCGUCGUCUUUAAAUUCUCCACAACAAAGUGGCUUAACAUUGUUCCCGACUUCAUUGCAACUUUCUGAAACGAAGAGUAGUGCUGCUUCCGCGGCUUCCGCUGACAAUGGGGACCUUUCCAAGUUGUGAGAGUUAAGGUUAGUGGUGUCUGUCAUAUUUUCUAGCUUGCUAUUAGUGAAACGACCCAGACGAUGAUCUUGUUGUUUUAAGGUUUGCUAAAUCUUCUGUGUAAUGAAAAUUUGGAUAAGGUUAAUUUCA